GAAAAAUACUCGCUGUCAAAUUAUCCGUUUAAAUAUCAACUAUCGAUAAUAUACUUCGUAAUUCAAUAUAUAGGGUCAUACUCAAUGUUUGGCAACACAAACAAAUGUGAUAAGAGACAUUAUCAACGUAAGUACACCCAUUAACUGUAAGUGCAAAAAUGGUCCCCACAAAAUGGGCUUCUAUUGCUCCCGUUGUGCCACAUAAAAGCCCAUUAAAUCAUCCCAAUUAUAAACCCUUGACAUUUCCCAUCGACCCGAGUCUUUCCUUCACUCAGAGUCUCAGACCAACAUUUGGCGGGAAAAUCAGAAAGAAGCAGAAAAGCGAAAGAGCUCGAAGUGACAGCCGCACCCAUGGCGGAAGACCAGGACCAAGAUUCAGCUGUCUUAGAGGAAGAGUACGCCGUCUGGAAGAAGAACAGCCCUUUCCUUUACGACCUUAUCAUCUCUCACCCUCUCGAAUGGCCGUCUCUCACCGUCCACUGGGCUCCCUCGGCGCCGCAGCCCCACACCGACUCUUCCCUCGCCGUCCACAAGCUCGUUCUUGGGACCCACACCUCCGAUGACUACCCCAACUUUCUCAUGGUCGCCGACGCCCUCCUCCCCACAUCCCAGCCCAACUUUGGCGCCAUUUCCGAAACUGACCCUGUGAUGCCUAAGGUGGAAAUAACGCAGAAGAUUCGGGUGUUUGGGGAAGUGAAUAGGGCACGAUGGAUGCCGCAGAAGCCGACUAUUGUGGGUGCAAAGACCAGCGGUACGGAUGUAUAUGUGUUUGAUUGUUCCAAACAAGAAGGAAAGAAGCAUCAAGAGGAAGCCUGUGAUCCUGAUUUGAGGUUAAGGGGUCAUGACAAAGAAGGGUAUGGCCUGUCUUGGAGCUUUUUGAAGGAGGGUUACCUUUUGAGUGGUUCAUAUGAUUGUAAAAUUUGCUUGUGGGAUGUUUCUGCUUCGGCUCAAGAGAAGGUGCUUGAUCCAAUCCACGUUUAUGAGCGUCAUGAGAGUGUGGUUGGAGAUGUAUCGUGGCAUCCGAAGAACGAGAAUUUGUUUGGAUCUGUUGGGGAUGAUUGUCAGUUGAUGAUAUGGGACUUGCGCACAAACCAAACCCAGCAUUGUGUCAAAGCUCAUGAGAAAGAGGUAAAUUAUCUUUCUUUCAAUCCGUUUAAUGAAUGGAUUUUGGCCACAGCAUCUUCAGACACCACUGUUGGUCUGUUCGAUAUGAGAAAUCUGACAGUGCCAUUGCAUGUUCUGAGUACUCACGGGGAGGAAGUAUUCCAGGUUGAAUGGGAUCCUAAUCACGAAACUGUGUUGGCAUCGUACGCUGAUGACAGAAGGUUGAUGGUUUGGGACCUCAACAGGAUUGGGGAUGAGCAGGCAGAGGGAGACGGGGAUGACGGACCACCAGAACUUCUCUUUGUACAUGGCGGUCACAAAGCAAAGAUAUCUGAUUUCUCUUGGAACAAAAAUGAGCCAUGGGUCAUUUCAAGCGUUUCUGAAGACAACACUCUUCAGGUUUGGCAGAUUGCUGACAGCAUAUUUGGCGACGACGACGAUGACGUGCAAGCCCAACCUUCCUGUGUGUAAUCAGAAAAUCUCGACCGUGAGCUUGAAGAUAUUUUUCGUACCUCUUUGGCUAGUGGGAAAGGUCUUUGCUAGGAGCAGUGUUUAAGACUUUCUAGAGAUAGAUUAUGAGAGUAGAAGAGCAUGUAGCUUCUCAGAAACUGCUGUUGGAUAAUCGGUUUGCCAAACUUUGAUUUUCUCCUCCUUGGUUAAUCUCUUUCGCAUGAUUUUAAUGACGUUAAAUUAAACCUUCAACUA